AUGGCGAGGCUCUCAUGGUUUCCAAUUGCUUUCUUUCUAGUCCUUGCCUUGAGCUGUGCCAUUGAUGUCAUGGCUGGCGGCGAGGGAUCACUUCGUCCUGAGCAAUGUGGAGCGGCAUGUGACUACCGAUGUUCUGAAACUUCACAUAGGAACCCAUGCAUAGAGUUCUGCAGCAUGUGCUGCCAGAAAUGUCUAUGUGUUCCAUCAGGCACAUAUGGACAUAAGAAAGAAUGUCCAUGCUAUGACAACUGGAAGACGAAAGAAGGAGGUCCCAAGUGCCCAUAA